GUAAAGAAUAUGUCAAAUUCCAAAGAUUUUAUCUUUAAAAUAAAUUGCAUUUCUACUGUAUCAUGCAAAAACACAUUAGCUAUUAAAUAUCCCAUUGGUAAAUUUCAUAGCCUAUAAUAAUCUUUGUCACAAAUCACUAAUCUCGAGGUAUAAACACUUCAAAGUUUCUGAAAAAGUGUGUUUUUCUUCAAUCUAGCUUCUGGGUUGUCAAUUGUGAUUAAUUUGAGCAACAAUGGAGGAGAAAUCAGAUUGUGAGAAUUGCAGGACAUGGGAAGAAGAGAUGUAUUGGAAACAUUUCAAUUCCAUGCAUUUUUAUCAAAUUCUACCCCAAAACUUCCAUGAUCAUCUUGUAUUGCCUGAGAAAUUUGCUAUGCAUAUGAAAACCCAUUUACCAGAAAAAUUGUCUCUCAAAGGCCCCAGUGGUAAUGUAUGGCAAGUGGAUAUUCAGACAACUGAUAAUGUGCUGCUUGUCGGGAAUGAGUGGAAGGACUUUGUGAAAACUUACAAGCUAAGAGAAAAUUGUCUCUUGAUGUUUAAAUAUAAGCGUAACUCAAGUUUUGAGGUCUUAAUUUUUGACCAAGAGAGUUUGUGUGAAGAGGAAGCAUCCUAUUUUAUGAAGAAAUGCAGCCACACCAAGCCAGUAAAUGAAAAUCAUAAGAAGAGAAUUGUGAGAGAAGGUUCAAACACCAAUGUAAUUGAUGACGAUAUAGAUGAUGAUUCUGCAUAUGUUGUAUCUAAGAAGUCUAAGAAUAAUGUUGAUGGGGAGGUAAACUGUUUGGGACGAGAGGAGAACACUCAAAAUCCUAGGAAUCAGACGUUCAAUAUGGCUAUAAAGAAAAAUGGCAGAGGCAGGCCAAGAAAGAUAAAAGAACCAUGCAAUUCUUUGAGUAAAUCAAAGGCCCAACCUAAGGAAAAGCCCGGCAUAAAUGAAGCUACCCAUGAAGUGAGUCAGGUUUCACUACAACACCUGAACACCCCUGAAAACGGAGAAAGUUCCCCCAGGAAAGAUCAUUCUAAAAAGUUGAAGGACCAAUUUGCAGACAAGAAUCCUAGCGGAAAUGACGCUGCCCAAGAACCAGGUACAAAUUCAGGGAGAGACUGGAGCACCCCUGAGUAUAGAGAAGGUUCCUUAGAGAUGAAUAAUCACCACAAAUCUAAAACAAUAUCUGGAAAGGAGCCAAGUGAAAAUGGUACGUCGGAAAAAAUAAGUCAAUUUUUGGGUAGCAAGCCAAUAGUUCUAAAUUUUGAAGAAUGUUCCCCGACGGCAGAUGAUUCUCACAGUCAUAGAAGGAAAAGAGGCAGACCAAAGAAACAGGCAGUUCCUAUGUCGUCAAUGAAACAGGUGUCCAGAAGUGUAGUUUCAUCUGAAAAGGAAUGCCCCGAGUAUGUGUCCAAUAGAAGGGCGGUGACUGAGAUGGAGAAAGCAGAUGCUUUGCUAAGGGCUAACCAAGAACAAACUGAAAAAAGUUUCACUGUAGUGAUGCGACCUAGUAGUGUUUACAGGAGGUUUUACUUGAGCAUUCCUGCAGACUGGAUGAACAAGCACCUUGCUCUCCAAAACCAAGACAUCAUUCUCCGAGUGGAGAAUAAUAUAUGGCACGCCAAGUUUUAUUAUAAUGGGAAAAGAUGUGUGGGAGGACUCUCUGGUGGGUGGAAAAAAUUUGCCUUCGAGAAUUCCUUGGAAGAAUUUGACGUCCUACUCUUCAAGCUUGCUAACCCAAAGGAUGAUGCAACUGUCUUUGACGUUGAAAUAUUCAGAGUGAUCCCGAAGAUCCUCCCUCCCCUCCAAGUGAGUUCUUCCAUUUUGACAUGAAGAUCUUCUAUAGGCUACAUUAGCUUGUUGAUCUUUAACUGCACUGUAAUGGAUCUGUAGGCAUUUGAUAUGAUGCGAUACAUGUACCUUUUCGAACUACUUCGUAAAAGAUAAGGCAAUUAUGAAUGUUGGAGACAAAUAUUUACUGGCUUUUUCAAUAUAAUUGGCAUUAAU